AUGACUACACAAGGAACACAAUCUGUUACGACAUCCGGAGCUCUCGCCGCCGUUGGUUCAACAGGCGGAGAAAACACGGUGAUGGCUUCAUACUCUACGUCUUCAACGGACAACCCUGGCGCUAUGAUCUCCGUUGUUACUUUAACCGGAGACAACUACAACGAAUGGGCUUCGGAGAUGCUCAAUGCUCUUCGUGCGAAGAAGAAGACUGGUUUUAUUGACGGUUCCUUGAAGAGACCCGGAGCAGAUAGCUCUGAUUUGGAAUCAUGGACUUCGGUCAAUUCCAUGGUUGUUGGGUGGUUACGUACCUCGAUCACACCUCGUGUACGCUCCACAGUUUCAUAUCACACUAGUGCUCGUGAUCUUUGGGAAAAUUUGCGCAAACGUUUCUCGGUUGGGAACAAAGUACGCGUUAAUCAUCUUCGUUCUCAAAUCGCUCUUUGUCGCCAGGAGGGACAGUCCGUAAUUGAUUAUUACGGGAAGCUUGCAGCUUUGUGGGAUGAGCUAUACACUUACAAACCUCUUCCGGUGUGUUCUUGUGAUGGUUGUACUUGUGGUGUUUACACAACGAUUGCCGCAGAGAGAGAAGAGGAGAAGGUGAAUCAGUUUGUCAUGGGUCUUGACGAAACAAAGUUUGCGAAUGUGAUUCAUUCGAUUAUUGAUGCUGAUCCUUCUCCCGCUUUGGAUCAAGCUUACUCACGAGUUAUCCGUGAAGAACAGAGGAUCUUGGCGGCUCGGUCUCGUGAACAACAGCAGGAUGCUGUUGGUUUUGUUGCUCGACGUGACUCUCUUUCUUCUGCUCCGAUCAGUGGGGAUCCACGUGUGGAAACUUCAGGUCGGGAGCGUAGUUUGCUCUGUUCUCAUUGUGGUCGCACUGGUCAUGAAAAGGCGUUUUGUUGGCAAUUGGUUGGAUAUCCGGAAUGGUAUACCGAACGUAACGUUCGGAACAGCGGCCGAGGUUCUGCUGCUGCUCGCGGUCGUGGUAGAGGAGCUGGUCGUGGACGUGGUCAAGCUGUUGCUGCCUAUACUACCAGUCCUAACGUCACUCUCUCUGAUUUUUCUCCUGAACAGUGGAAAGCUCUUUCCUUGGUUGCUCUCGAAAAGAUGAAAAGCAAUCCCGAUAAGCUCUCUGGUAAGAUUCCUGGCGAUGUGAUCAUUGACACAGGCGCCUCUCAUCACAUGACGGGAAAUAUUUCUCUUCUUACUGAUUUGGUUGACACACCAUCUUGCUCGGUUGGGUUUGCUGAUGGUAGUGUUACGUUUUCAAAUCGUAAAGGCAUUCUCCAUCUCACGGAUCGUGUAUCCUUGUUGGAUGUUCUUUAUGUUCCCAACUUAAACUGUUCUCUAAUAUCGGUUUCGAAGAUUCUCAAGCAAAUGAAGAAUUGUUUUGCGUUAUUUACCGAUACUCUUUGUGUUUUACAGGACCGUUUCACGAGGACCCUGAUUGGAGCCGGUGAAGAGCGUGAUGGGGUCUACUAUUUAACGGAUGUGGCAACUACUAAUGUGACUCGUGUGGCGGCUUCGGUUGAUCAGACUUUGUGGCAUCAGCGGUUGGGCCAUCCGGCGUUUUCUGUUCUUUCUUCAUUACCCUUUUUUGCAAGUCAAGGGAUUAUCCACCAGACCUCUUGCGUUGGUACACCUCAACAGAAUGGUCGUGUUGAGCGUAAACACCGUCACAUUCUUAACGUUGCUCGAUCUCUGUUAUUUCAAGCUGGUUUGCCGGUUUUCUUCUGGGGAGAGGCUGUUCUUACUGCUGCAUAUGUUAUUAAUCGCACUCCUUCCAAGCUACAUAAGGGACGAUCACCCUAUGAGGUUUUAACCGGUAUCAAACCAGACUAUGGCCAGUUGCGUGUAUUUGGUUCUUCUUGUCAUACACAUUUGCGCGCUCGCGAUAAGGACAAGUUUGGCUCGCGGAGUCGUCACUGUAUAUUUGUUGGUUACCCUUUUGGCAAGAAAGGUUGGAGGGUUUAUGACUUGACAACCAAUGAAUUUUUGGUCUCUCGAGAUGUGGUGUUUCACAAGACCGUGUUUCCAUAUUUACAAAAGCCUGAUGUGUCAAUGUCUAUUACGGAACUACCGGUUCUCACCGAUGGUGAUUGGGAAUUCCAACCCGGUUCCGGUGACAGGGGGAGUAGUAGCUCCGUGACUUUAGACUCUGCUUCUCCGACUACCACUCCACCGGUGACUCACGAACCUGAGGAAGUCUCUCCCUCUAACGUUUGUCGUGAUCUGGUUCCAUUUUCUCCGCUUCCGCUACGUGAUGAAUCUUCUACUAUCAACUCACGGCCCUCCGACGAUGUCGUUGUUUGUGAUGAUGAUGUUGCUAUUGUUCGAGAAUCUCCUACACCUGCUGUUGUUGACGCUGGUCCAUCUACUGUCGUUGCUGCUACUUCUCCCGAUGAGGAUGACGAUUUAGGCAAAGGGAAAAGAGCAAAGUUUCCAUCAACCAGAUUAACCGGUUACGUCACAUAUUCCGCUUGUGUUGCUGAUAAUACCCAUCACGCUCUCCCCUCUCCUCUCAUUAUCGAGUCCUCGUCUACGGGUUCAGGUAACACAAAGUAUCCUCUCACGCACUAUAUUGCUGAUGAUUUGUUCUCUUCUCCGCAUCGUGCUUUUCUUGCAGCUGUUACUACGGGUAUGGAACCCUCUUGUUUUAGCGAUGCUGUGCAAGACGAACGGUGGAAUAAUGCCAUGGUUAGUGAAGUCGAUGCACUCGAGCUUAACAAUACAAUGAGCAUUGUCGAUUUACCUCCCGGAAAGAAAGCUCUUGGAAACAAAUGGGUGUAUAAAAUCAAGUAUAAUACGGAUGGGUCUAUUGAGCGAUAUAAAGCUCGUCUUGUGGUUCUUGGCAAUAGACAAGUGGCUGGAUGGGAGGUUCAUCAGAUGGAUGUGCAUAAUGCGUUUCUUCACGGAGAUCUUGAAGAAGAAGUGUACAUGCAAUUGCCUAUGGGUUUCCAUUAUUCCUUGUUCACUAUGACCAGAGGUGAUGUAGACUUGCGUGUUCUUGUUUACGUCGACGAUAUUAUUAUUUGUGGUAAUCACUUACCGUCUUUGACCCAGUUUAAGGAGUAUUUGAGCCGGUGUUUUCACAUGAAGGAUUUAGGGAAGCUUAAGUAUUUUCUUGGUAUUGAAGUUGCUCGUAGUACGGAAGGUAUUUUCUUAUCUCAACGCAAGUAUUUGCUUGAUAUCGUCGCGGAAUCCGGACUCCAAGCGGCCAUGCCUUCUAAGCUUCCUAUGGAUCAGAACCAUAAACUUGGUCUUGACUCCAGUCCUCUUCUAUCGGAUCCCAUGCGCUACCGGCGACUCGUUGGUCGUUUAAUUUAUUUAAAGGCACAUUGGGAUGCUGCGUUACAGGUGGUUCGUUAUCUUAAAGGCUCCAUUGGUCACGGCAUUUUAUUGCGAGCUGAUACAGAUCUCACUCUCACGGCAUAUUGUGACGCAGAUUGGGGUGGCUGUCCUAUUUCAUGGAAAACUCAGAAGCAAAAGGCGGUUUCUCGUUCUUCGGCAGAGGCGGAAUACCGCUCCAUGGCCGAUGCUUUGAAGGAAAUUAUUUGGUUGCGUCAGCUUCUUGAAGAUUUUGGGUUCCCACAACACGCUCCGACGAGGUUGUUUUGUGACAACAAAGCUGCUUUACACAUUGCGGCAAAUCCCAUCUUUCACGAACGUACAAAGCACAUCGAACGGGAUUGUCAUUUUGUACGCGACGCUAUUCAGGAUGGUGUUAUCUCGACAGCCCAUGUUCGCUCCGAAGAUCAACUGGCCGACAUAUUGACAAAAGCUCUUGGUUUUCAACAGUUUACCCUUCUCAUGUCCAAGUUGGGUCUCGUUUCACUUCCUCCUCCAACUUGA